AAAUUUGCGCAGUUUGCGUGCGGUUUUCGGAGCAAAAGGAUGCAGCAGCAGUAGCAGCGGUGAAAUCAACGUCCGCCUAAGAAGCAUCUUUAUCAGCGGGUUAAAUUUCUAGAAAGGAGUUUGUCUACAGUGUUUGAACUAUUAAAAUAUCACAUAAACUCAAAGUUAAGUGAAUGGAAAACAUAAACAGUUUAAAGUGACUCAAGGGAAUCCAUAACUAAGGAAAAAGUGUGGAGUGUCGGGGUUUUUUUUGGGCUCUGCAAGGACCCUUGGAUUACCUUGCGGGGCGAGCGGAAUCGGGAAAUAUAACUUCGCCGGCGGAAACCGAAAGGAAUCGAAGGCGAAAUCAAAGGAGGCUGCAGCAAGGACAUAUUGCAACUGCAGCAGCAGCAACAUCGGGGAUAAAGGAGGAGAUUAAGUGCUGGGAACCCCCAUCUUUUUUCGGGCAGUGCAUGUUUUUAAGCCCACAAAGAAGCAGCGAUACAAGCGGCGCUGCUGCCGCAGAAAAUGGCCGCAGCGACAACAGCAACAUACACGAGUGCAGCGGCGAUAGCAACAGCAGCAACAUCAGCAACAUGAAUGAGACCUGCAGCAGAUGCAGCAGCAACAUUGCAAGGCAGCGAUGAUGUAGAUGAUGAUGAUGAUGAUACUGAUGAUGAUGAUGCAGACGAAGACGCUCAAGCGAAUGACGAUGAUGAUGUCGACGUUGUCGAGUUGCAGUUUCAAGAGCCACAACACAAUGCCAAGUGCCAACAACAAGCUGAGCGCAGGGGAAAAUUAAGUGCCAAAGGCAACCGCAGCAACACAGCAGCAACAUCAACAGCAACACAGCAGCAGCAGCAGCACAGCAGCAACAGCAACAGCAACAGCGAAAAGAUUUUUCGCCAGCCAAGCAGAAUCAAAACUAAAUUUACAUAACAAAACAGGAGCAGCCAAAACAGAAGUGGGAAAACCCUUCAAGAAUCUCCAUUUCCCAGAAGCGUAGUCAAUAAGAAAGGCAGCAACAUAGCCAGCUGCAACAUGCCCGGCAGCAACAUGUCGGCCCCACUGGGCGGCAGGGGGCGUGGAACCUUGUGGGUGGUGCUUCUGCUAACCACCAUCUUGAGCAGUGGUGCCUGGGCAGCGCCCACAGUCGCUGGUGCGGCUGCGGUGGUGGGGCAAAAGCCAUUGCAGCAGCACCACCGUUACCACCAUUUGGAAAUCGGAGUGCAGGGCCACACGCCCACUUUGAUGGAGGCCAGCAACACCAGAGGCGGAAGGCAUGCACCACUGGCCACAACUAAGAAGCCAUCAGAGCUUAGCACCACCACCACCACCAGCACCACUACCACAACCACCGAGAUGCCAAGAGCCACUGAUGAAAUUCAGGUGGCCAAACCAGUGCCAACAGCUGAAGCAGAAGCAUCUGCAAUCAGCACCACUGAAAGAAGCAGCACUGAAGAAAGCACUACUACAGGAAGCACCACUAUAGGAAGCACCACUGAAAGUAGCAGCACCACUGAAAAAUCAAUGGUAGCCAAUGAAACUCUAAGAAGAACCACUAAAAUUAGCAGCUCUGAAGGUAGCACCAAUGAGGAAGGCACCACUGAGAGGGGCACCACUGAAAGGAGCACCAUUGAAAGGAGCUCCACUGAGGGUAGCACCACUGAGGGUAGCACCACUGACAGGAGCACCACUGAAUGGAGCACCACUGAAAGGAGCAGCACUAAGAAUAGCAUCACUGAGAGGAGCACCACUGAAAGGGGCACCACUGAGAGUAGCACCACUGAAAGUAGCACCACUGAAGCUAGCAGCCUCGAAAAUAGCAGCACCACUGAAAAACCUCCUUCAGUGAACAAGACAACAGCACCACCGAACAAAGUAGCCUUGCAGGUGGUGCAGCUGCUGGCCUUGGAGCACACGGUGGCUCCACCAUUGGACAGUGGUCACGAUGGCCUUAAGCUGACCAAGAAGAAGCAGCUACAGCAGCAGCAUUUCCCCACCACCAGCACCACCAUGGAAACGGAAAUGGAAGGCAUACCCUCAACCACCACCAUUAGUACCACAACUGUAAGGGCACCACCGCCCCCGGCCGCGCCCCUGCUGCCCGUGCACAAUGGCUACCUGGGACCGAUCUUUAUGGGUGAGAAAACCUUCAGUGUGGUGCACCCAUUGAAGAAACCCCAGCCGGCAAACCACCAACAUGUGGCUUCGAUAGAGAGCCAACUACGAAAUGGCCGCCUGGUGGAGAUUCUGGCGCCCACGGCGCUGCUGGAGCAGAUUCCCGAGACCAGCACUACCCUCGCACCACCGGUGGGACCAGGAGCAGCCUCGGUGCUCUCCACCACCGUUUUCCAGGUGCCCGAGGUGCAAACCAGCACCACCCGUCUGCCAGCGAGCAAUACCAUGGAGCGCACCGAAUCCAAGAUCUCGGACAUUCAGAUCGAGGUCUACGACUCCACGGUGGAUUCCAUAGUGGCCUCCACUAAUUUCCGUGACAGCGAGGGCUUCUAUGCACCACCGCAAAGCGCCGUGGAGAUGGGCACCACCAGGCCGGCCCAUGAGAUGAUCUCGCUGCCCCAGGAGCGGUUCACCCAGUACGUUAUCGACCGGGCGGAUGUGUCCACCCAACCGGCAUCGGGUGGUGCAGGUGGUGCAGCAGUGGGUAAACCCGAGCCGGCGGCCAUCGAGAUCCACAUCAAUGUGUCCGAGGCCUUUGGCAGCGAGAGCGAGGAUCUGGAGUUCUCCUAUCGGCAGCCAUCGGUGGUGGCCGAAAAGCAGGGAAAGCCCGGCGACGAGAUCCUGGUUGUGGAGAUCAUCGACAGUGGUGCGGACAACAGCAGCUCGGAGUCGGGUGGCUCCUCAUCCUCCUCCUCCUCAAGUGGCGAGCACAUCAAUCCGAUCUUCACGUUCCGCAACUCAGAUGCGGCGGCUGCACCACCGCCUCCCGUGCGACCACCCCAAUCCAUUCUGGAUGCCGACGAGCUGUUCAUGGCCGAUCUCAAGGAGGGCGGUGGUGCAGUGCCACGACCACCGCCACCGCCACCACCACCACCGCCUCGAAAGCCCAGCAUCGAUCGCGAUUCGGACACCAUCUUCUACAUCUCGAACACGGAGGUCAAGGUGGGUGAGUCGCUGCCCACGGUGGGUCCGGUGGGUGAGCAGCAGCGCAAGUUCCAGCUGGAGAACCAGUUCUUCCCCGCCAGCUAUGUAAUGCAGGAGCAGGAGCAGAGGCAAUCCCAGUCCCAGCAGGCCGACGAAGACAUCAUUCUGUCGCCACUGCACCACAAUGCUGAUGGACUUAAGAUCUUCCGCAGCUCCUCGUUGAGCAGUGGGGAUGGAGCACCACCGCUGGACGUGACCUAUGUGGGUGAGUCGGUCAUCGAGGUGGAGCAGCAGCCGCAGAGCUGGAGCAGCACAGUGCCACCACAGCAGCAGCAGCAGGAUAUUAUCAUCCAGCCGGCGGUGCUUCCGGACCUGGCCAUCGGAGUGCCCGUAAUCGGGGAGCUGCCGCCGCAGAUCGAGCUCAAGGAGAUCGACUACAUGCCCGGGGAACUGGGCAUGGGCAUGGGCAUGGGUCAGAACGGUAUGGGCAUCUACGAGAACGACAUCCAGAGCAACAGCAUCGACAGCGAGCCGGAUGUGAUCGAGAGCUCCAUCCAGUACGGUGGGGAUCUGAUCGACGACGGAGCAGGCGGUGGCUUCGAUGGCGUGGAGGGCUCCUAUCCCUUCGAGAGUCCCGCUCACCGCCAGCUGCAGGUGGGUCAUGGCCUGAGCCACCUGCCCCACCGCCAGUCGGCCAACCACUUGCACCGCGAACAGCUCCCGAUGGCGGAGAUGGUAAAUGCCACUCUCCUCCAGCGGUAUGAUGGUGGAUCGGGAUCCGGAUCGGGUUCAGGUUCGGGAUCGGGAUCUGCCUCGGCCAUGGCUCCUUUGCUGGCCAGUGGAAGUGGCAGGACCGCAAAUGCCACCGCUCUCUCGGAGGAUCCUCUAGCGGAUUACGAUGGAUUCUUCAAUCUCUUUGCUGUUUCCAUGGGUCUCAUCAUUGUCAUCCUGCCCUCAGCCCUCCUGGUGUCCAUGUACUGCGCUAUAAAGUAUGUGCUUGGCAAAAACUCAGGAGCGGGCACGGGUGGCGCCCCAGGCGAUGACAGCGAACAGGGCCAGGACUCCAAGCACGAGUCAGAAUCGUCGUCAUUCUCAUCAUCUGACUUGGCAUUUGCAUCCGUUAGAGGCACCACUUCCACCACUUUCACCUCCCCACGCCCACACCACCACCCACCGCCCACAGCUACGCCCCCCAGCGGUGACAGUCAAGGCCAUUUACCCAUACAGAUGCCUGGUCUGGAACACCUCGCGUUUCGGUUCAAAGGGGCGGUGGAUGGGGUAAAUAAGGUGGAUGAGGUGGUUCUGGUGGGUGGUGCCUCCUCCAUUGGUGGCUCAAGUGGUGGCCUUGCUCCCUGUGGCUCCGUCACCAAGAUGACGCUCAAAGAUAAUCAUCUGAUUGUUGUCACCGAGGAGCGGCACGAUAUCUCACGAAAUGCCCGGGAGACAAAAAUGCACACUGACAAGGAUGGCGUCUUCGUGGUGGAGGUUGCCCGUGGCAUCGACUCCAAGCAGCUGGCCGGCGAUCAUCCCGGCGUGACCCUGGACGCCACCGAACUGCCCUUCGACAACAAACAAUUGGCGCCCAACGGGGGGCACUUGCUGGACAAGGCACUGCCGCCCAGCCACGAGCAGGUGCAGAUCCAUGCACCACCCCUGGACUUUGCCUCCGCCACCGGUGGUCCUCCUGCUGCCCCGCUGCAUCUCAUCGAGGAGGCCGAGGAGCAUGGGGCCGAGGAUUUGACCCAACAGGAAGUCGAAAGCCAACCCAUUCUGGCUCGCACUGGCCUCUCGCAAUCGGAUCUCAGCUCAACCUCGUCGACUGACUCGAACAAGCGGUACUCCUAUGGCAACCAGGAGCUCUAUGUCAUCGAGCAGCCGGGCUAUGCCACCAGUUCGCCCACAGCCAAGCCCAUAUUGAUAAGCCCAAAUCAAAAUGAAAAUCAAAAUCUAGGCCAGGAACGGGAGCUAAAGUCACAGAUGUCCAUUAGUCCCGAGCAAACGGAGAUCGAUUCAAGCCAGGGGUCUAAGAAGUCGGAUGAGGAAGUUCUGCCGGAAAAGGAAAUAGAGACUCUGCCGGAAAAGGAAAAAGAAACUAAGCCCGAGAAGGAAGUAGAGAUUACGCCCACAGAAGAAGUACAGGCUUCACCAGAAAAGUUGGUGGUCCCGGAAAAGGUGACAGAGGUUCAACCCGAAGAAGAAGAAGUAGUUCCAAUCAAAGAGAAAGAGUUUCCAAAAAAAGAGGAAGUGCCUCCACCAACAGUGGAGGUCUCUCCACCACAGGAAGAUCCAGUUCAGAUUGAUCUGGAUGAGAAGCCAGAAAACACAGACAAGCCAGACAACCCAUUAGAGGAACAACCCGAAUCAAAACCAAAUCCCAUUGAGACCCAUUCCGAGCCGGAAAAGGAGAUUGCAACCGCAACCGAAUCCCAGCCAGAGGAGACUGAACCGGAGGCAGAGAGCAACUAUGACAGCCUGAUGAGCCUGCCGGCGCCACCAUCCACGGAGGAGAUCAAAGAGCUGGGCGACUACACACUCAUCGAGUCCAACCAGCUGGACAGCCUGCCACCGCCACCACCGCCGCUCCUGGAGGCCCCGAGCACUCCGCCGGCGAGUGAGAGGCAGCUCAUCAGCAAUGGGAGUGGUGGUGGGAUGGGCAAGGGCGCCACCAAUACGGUGGGUGGUGCGGCGGAGGAGCCGGCCACCCUGACACCGCCCGCCUCGCCGCCAGCCACCCCACCGCCCUCGCAGACAUCGACCCAGUACGGCAGCAAUGGGUUAACCAACGGCAUCCAUGCAAUGGCCGUGGUGGAUGUGAAUGGCAGUUAAGAAAGGCCAGGUAAGAUGGUUUUUUUUUUCUCAUCGGGUCUCAUAGAGAUCGUGGGUAUUGCACACCCGUAGCUUGUAAGGAUUACUAGGCGUACUGACACCCAAAAGCCAAACUGUGGCGAAUUUAAAUAUAUAUACACUUAAUAGAGACAAAACUUUUUCCACUUACUGUUUGUUGAUUUUCGAAUAUAACGAAUAAUAACAAUUAAAUGCGAUUAAUAUAAAUAUAAAUCAUAAUUAAUUGUUUGUCUAUUUGCGGCUGGCAGCCUCUCCCCCCACCUACCAUCCACCCACUGUCCACCCACAACCACCCACUUCGACCCACUGCUCUCUCCAUUUCGGGGGGAGGUGCGGCUAACGAGUAUUUCAAUGUCUAUAACUAUAACAAUAAAGCUAACAAAAAAUCCGAAUAAAAAUGGAAAAGCAAAUACAAAUACAAAUACGAUAGAAUCUGCAUACAGACUACAUAUAAUAUGAUAAAUGAAAGCGAUACAUAGGCAAACAGAAUCGCAAAAAGAGUAACUACCGAUAUGAAACGAUGCAUAAUUAAUUAGGCUAAUUAUUUACACACACAACAGCGCCAAAAACUAAAAAAAAAAAUCGGAAAUGUCAACAGCGACCGCAUAGAGGGCAUAAUUGUAGUGAAAUUAUUUGGGUUCGAUUGGCAAGUUCGUGGACAGCCAAUAACAUCAAAGUGUGUCCUGUGUCCGGAUCCUAAUUGAGGCUUAGUGUAUAGAGUUUUAAUUAGCAGAAAUCCGGAAGGAAGUCCGAGUUGGUUUCAAAAGCAUCAAUUGCCUUUUAGGGGGAUUAGAUUGAAGUGUAUUUCCGGUGAAAUCGAUUUAUUUAUCACAGGGUGCUCUGGGUUCACACAGUAAAGCGUUUCCAUUUUUCAAAUGCGUAAAAUGUGUAAAAGAUUCCAAGGAAAUCACUACAUUUUCAAAGAACUUAUAAAGGUGUCUAAAAGUAUGCAACAAAAUAUUUUGAGUCCGGAAUUCCAAUGAAUUUGCUACAAAGGAUGGUGUUCUUUUAUUUGAUGCAUACUUUUGGGCACUUUUAUUGGUGAUUUCAAUACUCAACAUUUUUAAUUUGAAAUUCCAAAGGCAAGAGAAUAGAUAUAAUGGCAGCAAGUGCCCCAAAAUAAAUUCCGGACAUAGAGCACACCCAAAUAUCGUUGCUAUUUCGAUAUUCAUGUUUCGCAAAUUACACACUUCACUUGACAAAAUCAAAUGUGCCGAACUUUUGUAGCAGCCAACACAAUUUACAAAGAGAAACGAACAAUUUAUACAAUGCCAAUACGGUGAUUACAGCAGAAUAUAUGUAACCUUUUAAACGAUAAAACCGAAAUAGUUAUAGUCCUAGUCGAUAUGAUAUAUAUAUAUAUGUGUAUGUAUAUUUUUUUCGUGUGUGUGUAUGGAGAAGUUAGGCGAAAUGGGGUCUUCAACUCCAAGCAAAUGAGAACUAAAUGGCUAACGAUAGACAUAAGAUAAUUGGCAAACUAAAUGAAUGCAGAUCGUGAAAAACUCCCGUAUGUGUAUUUGCUCCGCAUUAAUGGUCUACACACAUAUAUACAGCAUUGAUAAAAUAUAGAAAAACUUAACUCUUUGAAAAAAACAGAACUCUUAGAAGUAAAGACGAGCGACGAAAUAAUAGAUAAAACCCAAAAUCCGUGCACUGCAAGUGGCACGUUAUAAUGUAAGUAGUAGGAAUUAUCCAUGCCCCGGAUAUAGUGAAGGGGUCGUUUAUAGGUGGAACUUAAUCCCUGGCUAACGAUCUAACCACUUUUGUUGUUUACGUUUGUUCAAAUUGUUUUAUUGACAAUUAAACCCGAUGGUCGAGCGAGGAUGCCAAUGAGAAAAUAUUAUGAAUAUUAUAAAUGAAUAACCCAAAAAAGAAAAACAGUAAUCGUAAAUCAAAUAUAAAAGUUAGGAAAAGCGUGAAGAUGAUUUUUUUUUUGGGUCGAACGAAAACAAAAGAAAUAAGUAAAUGUGAUUGUUAUUUAACCUUAAGUUAUUAUUAAAAUCUAACUUAAACUGAUAUGUGUGUGAGUGUGCGUUUAAGAAAAUAUUAGCAAGCCAAACGAAACGAAGCGAAUCGGAAUGAGGCGAAACGAAACGAAACGAAAGGAAUGGCAAUGGAACGCUCAAAAGCAAAGGCAGGCGAUAAGCGAUUAACGAUUACCGAUUAACGAUAGCUGGCAACUAGGCGAGAUUAAGGUCCUGCUAAAAAAAAACCGGGAACUUACCCGAAAUAAAUGAAAUUCAAUAUUAAGAACGAUUGCAACCGAAACCAAAUGAGAAAUACACACGAAAAGCAAAGUCA